GGUUUGUCAAUUGAAUCAGGUACUGCUGUCAUUUCAUUGAUUGAUUAAACAAACUAUUUAUCUAGAGAAAGUAUAUUCUUUACUCGUAACGUAAUAAUAUUGGCAAUUUUUCAAAUGUUGGGACGUAAAUAUACCGUUAUUCGUUCUAAAAAUUCAGAAAUCAUAAUAUAUUAAAAUGGGAAUGUUCACUAUUUUGAACGUGUGUUUUCUGGUGUUAAUCGGGCAUGAUGUUAAUGCUGGAAUUUAUAACAUAUUUAUCCCCGACACACGCCUAUCUGGAUUUGUUAUGGAGAAAAUUUCCCCGAUCGGAAUGGAAAUGUGCGUUAAGCAGUGUUCGAAGAGAGUGUCCUGUGCUUCGCUCAAUUUUCAUAGAAUCCGUUUGGAGUGCGAACUCUCUUUCCGCGAUGGAACAACGAAUCCGUCUAAUCUGACGUCAGAUGCUGAAUACAUCUACGUCCAACGAAGUCAAAUACCACAAGAGUAUUUAGAUACGUGCAGUGGAUCCUGUUCACCUCGUGGGAGUUGCGUUCAAGCUGCUACCGGGACAAAGUGCUUCAUAUCAGAUUGUCCUGAAUUUCACCCUGACGCUAAUACUACCUCGGUCAAGGUCACAGCCACCAAGAUCGGAUCUGUUCUCACCUACACUUGUAACUUGGACCCUUCGAUUACCUUGACCUCUACCUGCAAGAGCGACGGAACUUGGUCAUCGUCCGCCUCUUCGUGCGCUUCAUCAGACUUCUUUGACACUACCGAGUCAUGCUGGAAGCAGUUCAACUUUGACUACGACACUUCAUUUGAUGGGUGUCCCUGGGGAACUAAAUACGUCCGCAGAACUCAGUAUCCCUCCGCACCAUUCGUGGGAGUCGUUCUCUGUAGCCCCACAAGGUACAAAAUUGUGUUGGGAUCGAAUCUUACUAGCCAGUUUUUAAGCAUUGGGGAUGGCGCGGGAUCAGGGGCGGAUCAUUGCGAGCUCGUGGGUGGAUCUGAGUCAAAUGCUGUGACUGCAAAUGAUUUUUCGAGUGCUCCAGACGUAACGGGAUACUUCCGCUCGAACUGGGGAGAGGCGUUUUCCAUCGGACCGAUAGGUUAUCAAGACUCCUUUAACUACUACAACUCGUGGUACGAGUGUGGAGUUACCAUCGCACCCGAUCCCCCGCCACCAGCGUGCUUCAACACUACAACAUCCUGCUGGUAUGAGUACAACUUUGUUCAUGACACUGCAUGGAAUGGUUGCAAUGGCGGCAAGAAAUACGUCAAGCAAACGCAAUUUACUUCAGCUCCCUUAGUUGGGGUGGUGCUCUGCAGUCCGACAAGGUACAAAAUAUUCCUGGGAGCUAAUUUGACCGAUACAUUUUUAAAUGUGGGUGACGGAUCCGGUCAGGGUGAAGACCACUGUCAGCUGGUGGGUGGCUUAGAUUCGAACGCCGUUCUUCCCGGAGACCAUUCGAACGCCCCCUCACUUACAGGGUAUGCCCGCAGUAGCUUAGGCCAAGAGUUCAAUAUACAAGCUAUCGGAGGAGGCAGUGGCUGGUACAGUAACUCCUGGUAUGAGUGUGGAGUGCAGAUACCGCCGGAGCCAGAGUGUAUGACUGCCACGCCCCCUUGCUGGUACGCCUACAACGUGACGUUGGACGAUUCCUUUAAUGGGUGUAGCGGAGGGACAACCCUUGUCAGGAGAACAGCUUUAACCUCGGCUCCCUACCUCGCUGUGGUGUUGUGCAGUAGUACAAGGUACAAGUUAUUCCUUGCUGCUAACUUAACAACGACAUUUUUAAACAUUGGAGACGGGAAUGGAUCAGGGGAGGAUCAUUGUGAACUCGUGGGCGGGUCUGAAUCCACAGCGGUAACUGCGGGAGAUUACGUUAACUCUCCAGCUGUUUCAGGUUACUAUCGGAGCUCGGCAGGAGAAGAGUUUUCCUUUGGAAACAUUGGUUAUGCAGAAACAGGAUACUAUUUCAAUUCCUAUUUAGAAUGUGGAGUAUCAAUUCCGGGAACUGACACCGUGGUCUAGUCGGAUUUUAUUUAUUCUAUAAUUGACGCUGUGCGGAGUUUGGUUAAUUAACGUUGAUUGAUCCUCAUGAGAUGUCGUAGGUUUUUGUAAAAAUCUUUAUUAAAUGAAACUUUGCAUAUGAUAGAAAUAUAUCUUCCAGAGGAAUUUUAUUCAUUGGAUGAAAUAAAAAAAAAAAGGUAAACUA